AUGUCUUCUGCUGCUCCUGAAAAAGCACUGCCGCCUGUGCCUCCCUCCCUCAAAAUCAUUAACCCAUUCCUGUUACGUGCACAUGAGCUCGAACAAGUUGAGCCCGUGAUUUCUUACUAUUGUAAAGUCUACGCGGCCCAAGAGAUUCUUGCUCGCAACUUACAUCGCAGUGGAGAUCCAAGCGUAACCUCGUUUGCCGGUGAUCUUAUGGACAACAUUGAGGCUAUGCGGAGCUCGAACCCCAAGCUUGCUUCAGAGGACGGGCAGGGAAUUUUAGCCGACGAUGACGUGGCGCGCUCAUAUGUCGAAGCUUUUGCACUCAAUGUGUUUGCCAAAGCUGACAAAGAAGUUUAUGAUAAAACAAGUUCGCUUGCUACUACCCAACGGUUUAUUGCAGCUGCCACUUUCCUUGAAUUGCUCAAGCUCUUUUCCGGAGAAGAAAACGCUGUCGAUAAGGACGUGGCAGAAAAAAUCAAGUACGCAAAGUUCCAAGCAGCGCGCAUUGCAAAGGCUUGCAAGUCUGGAGAAAAUCCAAAUGACUAUACCCCUCCCCAACCUUCAAAGUCGGAAGAAGAGCAAGUCGACGAGCUUCUUGCUGAUGCAGUGGCUAGUGCUAAUCUAGACGAACAGAAUGGUUCUGCUGCUACUACUUCUUCUUUAACACCCUCAGCUCCAAAUGGUCUUCCUGACUUUAUAGAUGAUGACAUUUCUGCUCCACAAGCACCAACUUCUCCCUCUCUCGAUAACUUUUUUGUUCCUGCUCCAAGCCAGGCCCCGCGUUCGCCAUCACCUGUGGCUCCACAGUUUCCUCCAGCUGCAGGCCCCAUCCAUGCCUAUGCUCCCACAUCACCGUCUCCUGCUCCUGCUCCUGCUCCUGCUCAUACUUCACUCCCUACAUAUUCACCACCUGCUCCUGCUCCUGUUCCUGCUCAGGAACCUACCGGUUAUCACCAUCAUCUUACCAAACGUGAAGUGCAGUCUAUUCUUGACCAAAGUGAACUGAUAACUGUAGUCCAAAAACACUGCAAGUUUGCAAUUUCGGCCUUGACCUAUGAAGAUAUGAAAACUGCAAUGAAGGAACUUACAACUGCAAUGGAUCUUCUUAAGAAAAAUGUCCCAGAAUCUGAAUUCCGUUGA